GUCACCAUAUCACACUAUAUAUUAACAACACCUGCUUCUUAUUUUCUCCAUCAAACAACUUACCAAUAUUUCUUAAACACACUCAUAAGCUUGAAAUUAGCUACCUUCUUCUCACAUUCCACAUAAAAAAAUUAGCAUCAUCUAUUCCAUAAUCAUGAGUUCAAGAAGCCGUGCUUGGACAUGGACAGUGGCAGCCAGUGUUGGAGUGGUGGAGGCCUUGAAGGAUCAGGGCAUAUGCAGGUGGAACAGUGUCAUAAGAUCAGCACACCAACAUGCUAAACAUCAUGUGAGGACUCUGUCUCAGGCCAACAAGCUUUCUUCUCAAUCUCAAUCAUCAGCUGCUGUGGCUUCUUCAGCCAAAUUGAGGGAUCAGAAAGCUAAGCAGGCAGAGGAGGAUUUGAGAACAGUCAUGUACUUGAGCUGCUGGGGUCCCAACAACUGAACAAAAACAUGCACAACAAAUAUUGGAAGAUCCAGAACCAAUCUGAGGUUAAUGAGUCUGGAACACUGAACUCAUUCAUGCCUGCUUUGGAGAGACAUGGAUUGGAAUUUGGAAGAGUGCGCCAAUGCUAAUUAGGAUCAAUCGACUCAUAGUAUUUUCGAACGAGCUUCUAUUUCAUUAGAAUCAAUGAUGAAAUGUAUUUAAUCUGAUUGCUGGAUUCAUCACUGAGGUGAUGAAAUUGUAGAUAUAUAUUAUCAAAUAAGAUUUAUUGGGUUGCUUUAAAUGAAA